ACAUUAAUUUCUUUUCUCUUGUUGCUUCACUAAGUUUCGGUUAGUUCAGCUAUGACCCGAACCAACACUGCUUCUGUUUAUUGCAAUGAAUUAUGAUGGUUGUAGUGCGUAUAAAGUUUGACAUCUGGCAGUUCUUACCAACAAGAAAAGUUAUGGAGAAAGCCCAGAAGCUUAGAAGUACUCUAACUAAAGAGAUGCUUUCCGGCUCGACGUCUACUAAUAUACUUGCCAUGACAUUUAGACAAGUGACUCUGCAACAUCUUUGGAACUUUGAACUAGUACUUUUUAUACCAGGAGCAGAAAGAAAUAUGGAUGAUCUUGAAACACCGAGAGAGCAGGUACCUCCAUCUUUUGCUAUCAACUCAUCAGAUGAACAUUUAUUUGAUGAAACUCCUGGAGGAGUAGCAAAGAAGAUUUUCCCUUGGUUUCACAUGCAUAAAAGCAUUGUGUCAAAAGAUUCUUCUGUUACACUAUAAAACUUAAUGGAAUGUGAGAUAGUUGCAAAUGCCAAUGUUUUGCUCCAGAAAUUUUCUUCAGAAAGGGCGAAUUACCGACCAAGGGAAGGAAGAUGGAUGCACAAUUUGUUAACUUCAACUGCAUAUUCCAAACUGAAACACACUGGAGGCCCUGAAUUUAUUGCUUAGUGAUUGGAAGAUUACAUACUGUGUCUCCAUCGUUAGGAGAAUCAAGGAAUUUUAUCGUUGGCCUGGAGAUAUAGUGGGGUGCUUCUGAUGUAUCUGAAGCAUGCGAUGGAUUCCAAAGAUUCAGAUCUUAAUUCCAGCUCCAUGCCAUCAGAAGGAACUGAAGAUGAGAUGAAAGCAGCUGCACAAGAUAUUGCCAGUUAUCAGGUUAUUUUAUCUCGGGAGGGUAAAAUUGUUGAAUUCCAGCCUACAAGUCGCGUCGCUGAAUAUCAAUGGGCAGCAAACCCUUUAGUGAAAGAGCUCUAUGAAAAAAAAAUUUUUGUUCCUGGCUUGAUAGAACGAGGUCUCAAGAUGAUUACCCGCCCCAAUGAUGAUGUUGUACUGGAAUUAUUGUUGUCAUCAAAUCCCCAAAGUUCAUUUGCUUUUGUAAGACUAGUUACUGAAAAUAGUAGAUGAACAUUUUUGGACCGUGACAUUCAAUAUUUGUACAAUAGUUACAGUGCUGGGUGAGAU